AUGUCUGCAUCAACCUCCACUUUAUCGUCUUCUCCCACCAUCAUAUCUAACGAUGACCAAAAUAAAUUAAUCGUUGUUCAACCUAAUGAUCCACUUCUAACUCUUCCCCCUUUUCCUUUUAAGCCUAAUCAUUCUUUUAAUGUCAUCCAUAAAAACAAUUUAUUAGAUGCCAUUCCAUCUUCUCAUGUAGAUUUGGCUAUUACUCCUCCUCUAACUCCUCCUCAUACCUCUAUGAACACUCCUGCAAGAUCCCCAAAUAAUUAUUACUUUGAAGGUUUUGAAGAUGUUUUGACUUCAUAUGAUUCUUCGCCCUCUUCAUUAAAUACUUCUGAUGGUCUUAUAAAUUCAAAUUUAAUUACUCCUGUAACCGAUCUCUCUUCUUUACCGAGCGAUGAUACUAAAAGUAAUAAUAAAGGUGAAAUCUGUGUAUUCACUCAAGUGUCUACCACAAUAGCUACUGUUCAACAAUCUCCUAUUCCUCGAUCAAAAUUUUCAAAAAAAAAACCUCAAAUUCGUUCCUAUACUUCUCCUCAUGUUAAAGUUACAAAAUCUUCGGAUCAAAGCAGCUCGGACAACACUGCUGUUUCUAAUUUAGAAAUUGAUCCAUACCUUGAUUCAUCUAUAUCUGCUACUACUUCUGACAUAGAAAAAGAUAGUUCUAAAACAAAAAAUCAUUCUAAUUCUUCCGAUUCCAUAACUUUUGAUGGAACUUUGCUUACUGAUUACGCAAUGGAAAAUCCUAAACGUAAUAAAGAAUAUCACUCAUUUUUUAAGAGUGUUCCAAAUGAUGAAUAUCUUUUAAAUGAUUUUGGUUGCGCAUUACAAAAAGAAAUUCUAGUACAAGGAAGAAUUUAUGUUUCUCUGAAUCAUAUUUGCUUUCAUGCAAAUAUCUUGGGUUGGGUCACUGAUGUUGUGGUGCCGUUUUCCGAUAUAAUAAGAAUUGAAAAAAAGUCGACUGCUAUUGUAAUUCCAAAUGCGAUUUUAAUAACUACUAUCAAAUCAAAGUAUUUGUUCGCUUCAUUCAUCUUUCGCGAUGUUGCAUAUGAAUUAUUCGUAAAACUAUGGCAACGUGUAAAUUCCACUUAUGGUCACAGUCCUUGUUUAUCAGAGGGUGGCUCCGAUUAUACUACUGUUAGUCAAACUUCUCGUUCUAUAAAUAACAUUAGUUACAAUAGUAACUCUUAUAAUUCGAGUACUGAUUCUGAACCUACUAAAGAUUCUGAGUACGAAAAAUCAAAGUCUCGUAAUGGAAAAUUCUCCUUACCACGAUUAAAUUUGAUGUCAAAACAAUCCUCUCGUAAUUUUGACCAAAGUGAUAAAUCUAUCGUAAAAGAUGCGAAUACUAAUAGCCCACUACAAAGCCUUUCUUCGACAAAUAUUAAAGAUUGUCCCUCUGUAAAUGAUGCAAAUAAUAUUAGUGACAAUGGAAAUAUGUCAGAGUCUAAUUCAAAAAGGAAAAUCCCUCCUACUUUGAGUAUUUCAAUACCAAAAAUUUCAUAUCGACAACAAACCAAUUCCUCUAAUGAAACCAGGCAACCUAAAGAAACAAUAUGUAAAUGUCUUAAACAAAAUGAUCACUCUACAUUUGUAGCAUUAGAUACAAAAUACUCUGGUAGUGUUGAAAGUAUUUAUACUAUCUUAUUUGAUAGUAAUUUUGUACCUGAAUUUGUGAGAAAGCUUGAGAACAAUAAUGAUACCGAAUUUGGUGAAUGGUCAACUAAUGAAAAUGGUUGUAUGACUAGGGAUUCUAGUUUAAAGAGUACAAAAUGUUACCUAAAAGAUGAAGUUUUGUAUAAAGACUUUGAUGAUCACGCAACUGUAAUUACCACAACUAAAACUCCUGACGUCCCAUCAGGAACCUCGUUUUGUGUAAAAACUAGAAUAUGUAUUAUGUGGGCUGGUGCGAAUAAAACUCGUGUUAUUGUUACAGCAUGUGUGGAAUUUUCAAAAAAAACAUUUUUAAAAGUACCAAUAGAAAAGGGCUCCAUGAAUGGUCAACUCCUUUAUUUUAAAUCAUUAGAUAAAGCUCUUCGAAAACACAUUUUACCAAAAAACAUCGAUUUUAUAGAACAUCCUCUUUCAAAAGAUGAUGACUCCAUGACAAGACAACAAUCAAAACCACAUUCAAUUCGUUCAAAACGUAUUUCAAGUCAACAUUCUAUUUCCUCUUUCUCCUCACGGAUCUCAUCUCAUCGAUCUUCACAAAUAAAUUUACACUCCCGAAAAUUACAAAAUGAGGAUGAAGAAAUUAACUUAUUACAAUUAAUCUUAUCUACUUCAAUAUCAAUAUUAUCUCAAAUAUUAGAGACUAUAUUAUGUGUUAUUGGAAAAUUGAGAUUACCUAAUUUGGAAACUUUGUUAAUUUGGGUUUUACUACUUAGCUUCGGUGUAAAUAUAUGGAUUUGGAUUAGCAUGAGAGACAUUAAUUAUAAAAUUGAAAAUAUGGUUCAACGGCAAAAAAUUGAUUUCAAAUUUCAUAAGAAAAUUGAAAUGAAUGAUAAUGAAAUGUUUAUAAGGAGGUAUUUACUUACUGAAGAAAUUAGUGAUAAUAUAUUUGAUGUGGAAGGUUUCGAUAAAAUUUUAGAUCAUAUUUCUAAAAAAAAUUAA